AUGGAAGAAACCAAGAAGACUCGUGUCCAGAUGCCCAAAAGAAGGCAAAAACCCGUGAAGACCCAGUGGAAUGCCCAGUGCGUCCUUCUCACCUACUUCCAAGGGGACAUCAGCAGCGUGGUGGACGAGCACUUCUCCAGAGCUCUGAGCAAGCUCAAGAGGCCACAGGGAUGGAGUUCCUCCAGACAUGGUGAAAAUGUGGUCCUCAAGAGUGAUUGCAGCAUGCCCCUGAAUCAGUGGCAUCUCACACCUUCCUGGACAAAGCCACAGCCAGAAGCAUCUCUAGCAAAUGGCGCCAGCAGCAGCAGCAGCUUGGAUAAAUGUGGUCCUAAGGCUCUAGAUCAGAAUCCGCUGUCUGUUCCCAAGACCCCCUCUGCACAUCCUCAAGAGAUGUGGCCUUUUCCCUCUCUAGCGAGGCCAGACUUCCUAGAGCCUGCCUACUUUCGUGGGUUCCCCAACAGGCCUCCGGCUCCAGGGGUCUACCCUGACGGGAGACGCGGGUCCCUCCUACAUUUACUCCAGCAGGAUAGAUACCUAAACCGUCCUCUGGAACCUGCCGCCAGGGAGAACUGCAACCCUGCCAAGACAGCUGGAAGCUCGGGCCUGCACGGGAACCUGCCUCUCAACUCAGAGCACUGUAAGGAAACGCUCACAGAUACUUGCAAGGUCAUUGUGGUUGGCAGUUAG